CAUCAUGGCUCAGCUUCCUCAGGAGGAGAAGGCGAAAAUAGCUGAGCAGGUAGAGAUAUUCCAUCAAGAAAAGAGCAAGCUGGAUGCCGAGGUGGCCAAAUGGGAUGACAGCGGGAAUGACAUCAUUGUCCUGGCCAAACAGAUGUGCAUGAUCAUGAUGGAGAUGACGGACUUCACCAGGGGCAAAGGACCACUGAAGAAUACCUCCGAUGUCAUAAAUGCCGCCAAGAAAAUAGCAGAAGCCGGUUCCAGAAUGGACAAACUGGCGCGGGCGGUUGCCGAUCAGUUAACUUCUGUAGAAGCCAUCUUGCGCACAUGCUCGAACAGCUUGGUGUGGUUGGCUUCCCAUUACAUGCAGUGA